GCCACCUUUCGACCAGUCAAUACCAUACUGGCUUCCGACGCUCCUCAGGGCCAACGUGCUGGAGAAACAAAUCCUUUAACCCCGCGACCAAACACCGCGCCAAACACCCAACUGCAAACGAUGGGUCGGGACGACGCAACCACCCCGACAAGAGCCAACUUCGGCGCUUUAGCAAGUCAGAGACCUCUACCCACUUCAUCACCCUUCCCAGCCGCGAUGACCGUCCCCUCGAAUGAGGAACCCAAGAAGUCCUCCUUGAACCGUGGCGACUCGCAGCAUUCAACCAAGUCCCGAGAAUCUGCGGAUGUGGACAUGGAUGACGACGGAGACGAAGAAGGAGAAGAAGGGUCUGAGGAUGAAAGCGUCAACGACGACGGCACAAGAUCGAAGAAGAAGAAAUCACAAAGGUUCUACUGUACCGAAUACCCGCCGUGCAAUCUCAGCUUCACCCGAAGUGAGCAUCUUGCUCGGCACAUCAGAAAACAUACUGGUGAACGUCCCUUUCAAUGCCACUGCUCACGCCGAUUCUCGCGACUCGAUAAUCUUCGACAACACGCCCAGACUGUACAUCAGAACGAAGAGAUACCACAAGAUUCACUAGCUGCAACUGGAACGCGAUUCCAAAGGCAAGUGCGGACAGAUAGGGUCAGACCGCCAGGAAGCAGGAGUAGAGCCUCGACUGCUGGAAGCGCGCCGGGUGUUCGGGGGCAUCAUCGAAAUUCACUUUCUGCAUCUAGCAUCGGGUCAGUUGCGUCGACGUACAGCCAAAAUGCUGAUGUCCGGCGACGGCCACCGCCUUUAGUCAUGGCCGGAGAGCCUCGAGGUAGAUUUCCUCAAGAUAUGUAUCGACCAGAUAGUCCGUCCUAUCAAUAUCGUCCGCAUUCCCCAGGAGGCUUUAGCACGCCCACCUCAGCAACUUUCUCGACCGGUCAGAACAGCCCACGGUGGAGUUCUGCCAUGCUGUCACCGAGUAUGGGUCACUCCCGAACUCAAAGUCUUUACUCUGGACAUCGAACUCCGGGCCGUCGAUUAUCCGUGCCAUCUGCUGGAAAUCCUUUCACAUCGCCUCAUGGUGGACAAUCUUUUGGCCCCCCGCUUCUGGGUAAUAACCAAGGCGGAUUUUCACCUUCUAGCAGUAUGAUCAAUAGCCCAACUACCUCGAACAGUGGAUCUACAUGGUCACGACGGGAGUCGAUUAACGCCUCUGAUGAGGCAUGGAGACGGAGAACAUGGCACCCAGAGACCUACUCAAGCUUCACCAGUCGCCUGCAGAAUGUUACCAGUGCGAACAAUUAUUACUCUUCGGGCCCACCACCUCAACCCCCGAUUGUUCCAAGCAAUGCUGCCCCCGUGCAAUCUAUGCGUCUUCCUGGAAUUGAGAGCUUUGACCCGUUACCGCCACGGCCCACGACUCCUGUUCGACGUCAACCGAGCCCCAUGAUGAUUGACACACCCAGUCGUCAGAUGCCACAUCCUGCCGAGCAGCACCAAAUUGAGAGACCGAAUAGUCAGCAGUGGGACCAGGGGAUUAACCGGAAUAUGAAUCGUCUCGACCUUGCUCAAGGAACCCCUCCAACCGAUACGGCCAGUUCAUGGGCUUCUGAGGCGGAUAGAGCAGUCCAGGCACAGGCCGAACAGGCCAGAGCGCAGCCAGCCGUUCGGUUCGAGGAGUCACCUUACUCAGCAAGACCACAUACAAGCGGCGGUGCAUUUCACCAGCACACAGUCAGCGCUCCCCCUGUCACUCCAAGAGAAGCCAAACGACAGGCAUGGUAUCAUGGCCCAGUUUCUACU